AUGUCUCGCGAAGAACGACAACUUCUUCUGCAUGAAGGUUCUGGUGUGACCAGCACGAUGAGUGCUUAUGUGGAGAUUAUAUUCGACAAUUCCGAUCACCGUUUUCCGACUGGGAAAGACGAAGUCAUCAUCCGCCGUACAAUUGGCCUCAAGAAGGACGAAUAUAGUCUAGACAAAAAGAGCUCUAGCAAGGCGGACGUCAUGAACCUUCUCGAAAGUGCCGGCUUCAGCAAGAGCAACCCAUACUACAUUGUCCCUCAAGGUCGAAUUACGAGUCUCACUAAUGCAAAGGACCAUGAGCGUCUUGCGUUACUAAAGGAGGUAGCAGGCACUAAGGUCUAUGAAAAUCGUCGCUCAGAGAGCGAAAAAAUCAUAGAAGAAACAGAGUCCAAGCAGGCAAAGAUUGAUGAGCUAUUAGCAUAUAUUGAACAACGUUUGGAAGAGCUUGAGAGCGAGAAAGAGGAGCUCAAGGAGUUUCAACAGAACGACAAAGAACGCCGAUGCCUAGAGUAUGCGCUUCAUUCACGAGAACUCCAAGAGGUUACUGCCGCAUUGGAAGAAGUCGAAGAGGAACGACAGCAAGAAAACUACAAUAACAAGGAGCGACGCGAAGCUACGGCCAAGCGAGAAAAGUCUAUCCAAGCUCUAGAGCUCCGUAUCAAGGAGAAAAAACAAGAGCAGGCGGUUCUCCUGGUCAAUAAACGCGAGCUCGAAGCAGAGCUUUCGCAGCUUGUCAAGUCCAAAACCGAAGUAGAGUGCCUUGUCUCAGAUCUCCAAUCAAACGAAUCCCAGAGUUUGGGUCAGAAGAAGGCCUUGGAGUCUCAACUCAAGAAGAUUCGUAAAGCUCUUCAGGCCAAGGAAGUCGAGAUGAUGGAAUUAGAGCCUGAAUGUGCGACAGCGCAGGAAAGAGAGCAAGAAGCUCGCCAGACGCUCGACGCCACCAACGCACGCCUUCAAACAUUAUACUCCAAGCAAGGUCGCCUACGACAAUUUGCAACUGCUGCUGAGCGUGAUAGCUUCCUGCAAAGCGAAAUCAAAUCGAUCAAAGAGUUUUUAAAGCGACAGUCACAGGCAUUGGACGACCUACGAGGACUUGCUCAACAGACUCAGGACCAAAUUUCCGCUUUGGAAGCUCAGGAGGGAGAGUUGCAAAAUGCGUUGAAUACCCGUCAAGAGCAACUCAGGGAGCUUGAGGCGGUGAUUUCCAGUCACAAAGAUUUGAAGGCAGAAAAGGAGGAGCGAAGAAAAGAGCUGUGGAGAGAAGAAGCCAAACUUGGAACCACUUUGGGACACGCUCGGGACGAACUACGCACUGCUGAGCGUAAUCUCGCUUCAAUGAUGGACAAGGAUACGGCGAAUGGGCUCAUGGCUGUUGAUCGCAUUGCUGAGCGUCUAGGCCUUAAAGGCGUUUAUGGACCGCUUUAUCGCCUCUUUACGGUCAAAAGUCGACUAUAUAAUACUCCAGUUGAACUCACAGCAGGCACAAGUCUAUUUCACGUUGUAGUCGAUACGGAUGAAACCGCUAGUCGAGUUCUCAAAGCUAUGCUGGAAGAAAAGGCGGGUCGCGUCACCUUCAUGCCCCUCAAUCGGCUCAAAGUCAAGGCCGUUCAAUACCCCGAAGUCGAUGAAGUCGAGCCACUUAUCAAGCAAUUGGAAUACAACCCUCUCUACGAGAAGGCUUUACAACAAGUUUUUGGCAAAACGUGCAUUUGCAAGGACCUGGCGACGGCUGCAAAAUAUGCUAGGAGCCACGAUCUCAAUACCACUACGAUUGAGGGUGACAAGGUGGAUCGUAAAGGAGCUCUCACUGGAGGGUAUCACGAUCUCAAGCGAUCGAGAAUGGAUGGAAUCAAUGCAUACAAGCAUUGGAAAGCGAAGCACGUAGAAGAGUCUGAGCGUUCAAUCAAGCUCAAAGCGGAGAUCACCCCAUUGGAGCAAGAGAUUACGCAAAUUUCUGGCAGAAUUCAGGUCGACUCCAACGAGCGCAUGCGCCUUCUCGAUGCUAGAGGGCCACUGCUGAGAAAUCUCAGCGCCAUUCAGCGCGAAAAGGAUCAAGUAGAAGCCAAGUAUCAACGUCAAACAGCAGAGAUCCGGGAACUGGAAACGGAAAUUGCCAAUCUCCAGGCGCAAGUGAAAAGUCAUUCUGACGAAAUUGGUGCCCCGAUGAGCAACAAUCUGAAUCCAAGGGAGCGCAAAGAGCUACAAGACUUGGUCAAGCAGGUGGAUGGCCUCAAGUCGUCGUAUGCAGAGCGCAAGGCUAUAGCUGCAGAGAUGAAACACAAGAAGGAUAUGCUGGAGAUUGAGCUCAACGAAGACCUCCGCAAGAAGAGAGACGAACUGGAAGGUCUACUAGAACGAGCAAUGGACGCACCGCUUGUGGAUGCAUCCGAUGUUGCCAACCUAGAGAGUCGCCAACGUGAGCUCGCCACGUUGCAAUCGUCUCUUGACCGGCUGUCGCAAGAACUACAAGCCGAAGAGGACAAGGCGGAGAAAAUCGCGGCGUCCAUCGCGGCUGAUGUGAAAGAGCUUGAGAAGGAGAAUCAAGCUCAGCGCGACGAUGGCAAAGCAUUGUCAAAGGAACAGAAACUGGCGGAGCGGUACUUGGCCAAGCGACAAAUGCUCUCCGCUCGCAAGGAAGAAUGCAACCGGAACAUUCGUGACCUCGGCUUGUUACCAGAGGAAGCCUUUGAGAAGUAUAUCAAGGAAAAGUCUGAAAAGCUGUUGAAGAAGCUCACGGUCGUGAAUGAGAAACUCAAGAAGUAUGGCCACGUCAACAAGAAAGCGUUUGAACAAUAUAGCAACUUUACAAAGCAGCGAGAACAACUCCAAACUCGCCGACAGGACUUGGAAGCAUCAGCAAAGUCGAUUCAAAUGCUCAUGGAGACACUAGAUCAACGAAAGGAUGAAGCAAUCGAGCGUACCUUUAAACAGGUCUCCAAGUACUUUGAAGAGGUUUUCGAGAAGCUGGUUCCUGCUGGUCGAGGGCGACUGAUUAUGCAGAGAAAUAUAGACGAGACGCAAGACGUUGACAUGGACGAGGAUGUGGCUGCAUUGGAUCGGUAUACAGGCGUCGCCAUCAAGGUAUCUUUCAACUCUAAAUCGGAUGAAGGGCUCCGGAUUCAGCAACUGUCCGGUGGUCAAAAGUCUUUGGUGGCGCUUGCGACAGUGUUUGCUAUCCAGAAAUGCGACCCUGCGCCCUUUUAUCUCUUUGACGAGAUUGAUGCCAAUCUUGACGCGCAAUACCGAACUUCUGUUGCCACAAUGAUUCAUGAACUUUCGUCGACGGCUCAGUUUAUUACGACCACGUUCCGACCCGAAAUGUUACAGCGAGCGGACAAGUUUUUUGGCGUCAUGUUCGAUAACCAAAAAGUGAGCUCCAUCUCGACCAUUGGGCGAGAAGAUGCUGUCGAGUUUAUCGAAAACGAGACGUUGGCCCAAUGA